AAUGAAUGAAUAAAAAAAAACAGGAAAGGAAGCAACUUUCGUAUUAUUCUCUUCCCCACUUGAUUGCGAUUUGAGAGAGAUAAAGGUCGAGAAAGUCUUUUCAUCUCCUUCACCCUCAUCGUUUCGCGUCUCUUCUCUUCUCUCUCAGAAAAUGCUCAUCAGAAAUUGUCUCCUUUUUGUUUCCUUGAUGUGUUUUCUCUUCUAAUCUCCGGUGAAACAAAGAACAAAGGAUUCAUAAGACACAAAGCAGAGAAGGAGAGAGAGAUACGAGGCUUUUCUUCAUCUUUAUGGCUUCUAUGACCGAGAAGGAAGCUAUGGUGGAUCCUUUUCUGGUCGAGGCUCUUCAAAAUCCUCGUCAUCGUCUCACCAUUUUGCGAAUGGAGCUUGAUAUACAGAAGUUCUUUCAAAACCCUGAGCAGCUUCAGUUCGAAUUCCCGCCUUUUCCAACAUCGUACCUGCGUCUUGCUGCACAUCGAGUUGCUCAGCAUUAUGGACUAGUAACCAUGGCUUUGGACAAUGGUACUGGUGCAGGAGAUGGAUCCGAUAACAGAAUCCUCGUGACGAAGACAGCGGAAAGUAGAUUUCCUUAUGUCUGCUUAUCCGAAAUCCCUGUGAAACAACCUGAGAAUGGUAGACCCGAGGGUUUCAAAAUCGCUAUCAAGCCUAGACCCAAGAGAGGAUCUGGUUGUGGGGGUAGCGGAUCAGGAGUACAGCAGAAUCUUUUGAGAAGUGUUGAGGAGAGAAAGGAAGAGUAUGAUAAAGCUCGCGCUCGGAUCUUUAAUAGUCCUAGCAGUUCCGACUCUGAAGAUUCUUCAUCACUACGACCUCCCUCUCUUGAAGUGAGAAACACAUGUAUAAACCGGAAUGAGACUGAAGUGGCGGUUAAUAAUAGUCCUGUCGAUGCUGUUACUCGAGACUCUGGACGGACUUCUCGAGUAGCCAUUAUCAGAGAUAGAGAGAAAGAUCGAUAUGACCCGGAUUAUGACAGGAGCUAUGACAGGUAUGUCGUGGAUCCGGCCUACAGGUACGUUAGGGUUAUGCCGUCUGGCCAAAGCUUCAGUCCAAUGCCAAUCCAUAUUCCGUUUCACGAUGGGUUUUUCCCGCAUAUGCCAAGAGGUCAUCAAGCCAACCUAAACUAUGGGCAUCCGCUUAACCCUGCUUUGAGUCCCUUUACUCAUAACGUGGCUUCAUAUACACCGUGGCCAAACUCACCCGUUAUGAACUAUGCACAGCCGUUGAACGGCUCAGACACAAAUCUUUACAGGUAUCCUUCUGCAAGUAAUCCCUGACAGCAAGAGUAGUGUUUGAGUACUUCAAUGUCUGUAAUGAAAAGCAGAUUCUAUAGAUAUUAGCCUUUAGGAGCUCCCUGUUCUGUUCCGAACAAUGGCUACUUCUUUCUUAUAUAACAAACAAGACAUCUACUUUUUUAUAUCUCUGAAUUAUAUUAUUAUCGAACUUUGAAUGAGCUUCAGAGACGACGAGACAGAAACCAAAUCUUUGAUGAUAGCUUUUCCUCUUAUGGUGAAGUAAAUUGUCAAAGGAAAUUGGAACUAGAUUCUUAAAUGCUACUAUAUUUUAAAAAAUGGAAAAUGAUUGUUUUUCGUUACAUAAAAGAAGAACAUGAGGUGGUGAAGGCAUGAAGGGUCCUUUUCUAAGUU